UUUGUUCUUAAAGUGAACACAGGACUCGUCUUUGUCAAUCAGACGAAGAAUUGGAGAGACGCUCAGAGUUACUGCAGACAGAAUCACAUUGAUCUGGUCAGUGUGAGGAACCAGAAUGAGAGUCAACAGCUUCAGCAGUUCAUCAAUGAUAGUCACAUAUCUGGUGAUGUCUGGAUCGGUCUGUUCAGAGUCUCAUGGCAGUGGUCAGAUCAGAGUGACUCCUUAUUCAGAUACUGGAGGUCUGGUGAACCUAAUAAUGCUGGAGUUGACAACUGUGCAGUGAACACUGAUAAAGACGCUCUGAGAGAUUGGGAUGACGUCCCUUGCAACACGCAAUUUCCUUUUGUGUGUCAUGAAGAAAAACUGAUUCUGAUCAAAGAGAAGCUGACGUGGUCUGAAGCUCUGAGAUACUGCAGACAGAAUCAUGUGGAUCUGGUCUCGGUUCAUUCAGAAGAGAUUCAGCGUGACGUGAUGAAUGUGGUUAAAUGGCCGUCUACUAAGUUGGUGUGGUUGGGUUUACGUCACUCCUGCACUGUGGGCCUCUGGUUCUGGGUGAGCGGACAGACUGUGUGCUAUCAGAACUGGGCGAUUGAUGAUUCAGAGAACUGUGAUUCUGCAGUGAGAUCUGGAGCGGUUCAGUCUGGAGGAAAUCAGCGCUGGAUCAGCCGUCCUGAGACUGACAGACUCAACUUCAUCUGCAGCAGAAAUGAAGAGUGAAGGAUUCGUUUGUGCUGUUCUUUCACUUUCAUUUUGCCUUGUUCUUUUUUUUUUUAAUUGGCAAACACUUUUUGUUCUGUUUUCAUCAGAUAAUGUGCUUAUAUCAGUACAAUGAAAGUAAUUUAAGAGUAUAAAAUACCAGUGUUCACUAUAUAUGUUUUAAAGACCCCAUGAAAUCAAAAUGAGUUUUCAUCUGUGGCUUUUAGAAACAUUUGAAAAUUGCAGUCAAUCUCUUCUGGAAAAAUGGCUCAAUAUUUUUAACACAGACUGUUCAAUCAAACACACUUACAGUCAACUAGAUAUUAGAAGAUCAUGAUUCAAGGAUUUGGCAUAAAUCAUAAUGACUAUUUAAAAGAAAAUCAAAGUAAAGCACAAUCACAUCAGUUGAUUUCAUGGGAUCUUGGGAUUCUGGUGGUGUGGAUACUUUCUUCUACUCACUCCUGUUUUACAUGAGUCAUAUCUUUACAAACUGACACAUAUUGACAUAUACAACUGCUCGUCAACAUAUCUCCCCGGUACUUUUUAACUUGCAUUGGCUUCCUAAACAAGCAUGAAUUGAUUUUAAAAUACUUAUCUUAACAUAUAAAGUGAUUCAUGGGACUGCCUCUGCCUCUGCCUCUCUCUCUCCUACACUCCAGUCCAUUCUCUCCGCUCCUCUGGGUCAUGUAUCCUUCAGCAGCCUGUAUAUAAGGUGGUCCAGCUUUCUCUGUUUCAGCUCCACGUUUGUAGAAUGCAUUUCCAUAUGUGAUUAGAGACUCUCCAACACUGGACUGCUUUAAGACUCAUCUUUUUAGAGCUGCUUAUUGUAAUUGACUGUGAUUUGUUUUAUUGUACUGUCAAUUUUGUUAUUUUAUAAUUGAUGUAAUUUGAGUUUAAAAAAAGCGCAUUAGAAAUAAAAUGCAUUAUUAUUAUUAAUUUACUUAAAUGGUUUAAUAAAAUGAUUUAAAAUGAUUGUGAGCAUCUAUAUGUCUUAGUGAAAUGAAAUAUAGUUUAUUCUUAAAGAAAAACUGAAAGUUGAGUACAAAGUUUCUUGCAACCUGUAAUUCAAUUCAGCUCAGAGUUCAUAUGGUUCCUCUCUAAAUAGUGUUAAAGUAACAUUGCAGAAAAAUAUCACUGUUAUUCCACAUGUGCCACAUGUCAGAUUUGAAGAGCAACAGGCAACUUUACCAGCUCAAAUAUUUCUUUUUUAUUUUCUUAAUGUUCAGAUUUAUUUUGUUUGGCCAUUAAUAAACAUCCCCCAAUAUUGCCUUAUGUAACCCUCCCCAGCCAGGUUCACUCAUAUAAUGUCCUGACAGGAGCCCUGGGGUUAGUUCAAUCGACUCUGAGUAGGUUGACUUUGAGUAAAGCGCGUGCACCUCGACUAAUAAAAGCCAUGAUCAAUGGAGCUCCAAUAUUAUGAUUCACCAUGGCAACAGCAUCCAAAAAGCAUCUGCAUGUCACCGAGUCAAUACAAGUAUUAUUCUUAUCACUGUUAUAAUAUCAAAGGUGAAAACUGGCAGAACGGAAAGUUAUUGAACUACUAUUCAUUUUCACGUAUCCUACAUGCAAAUAAAAGAAAAAAAUAAUAAUUUAAGUGCAUUUUUUUUUUAUUCUGCAAAUUCUGUUCUAUUUACCUUGUAGGCUAAACGUAGCAGUUAUUUGCAAUAAGUGUAGAUAGUAAUUAUGCUAGUUAUAUUUCAUACUGGCAGAUACUUAGGUACUAUUUGCACCUCAGUAUUGUUGUACAUUAACAAGAUGCAUAAUAACAGAGAUGUACAUGAUUUUAUCAUUAUUAAACACUCACAAGUUUGUUCUCCGCGCCCAACGUGCUACUACC